CCACAUCUGCUCUCUGACACCGCACACAUCGACAGCCACCCCAGGGAGGAUUGCCCACCGCUUCAAGAAAGGAUCGUUAGUGUGUGCAGGGCGAGAGGGAAAGAUUCCCUGUAAUAGUAUUCACCUGCCUCCAGAAUGGCCCAGCAAGCACUCAGCCUCUUUAUUAUGUAUCUCCUAUUUUCAUCCACAUUUGCAAAGGCAGAAGAGGAUGAAGAAGGCUCCUGUGGGAUAAUGGAUGCCCUUCCAUAUAUGGUCAUUGGCGCAGGAGCAGCUGCGUACGGAGGCCCUCUGAUCGUUGGAGCCCUGGGGUUCACUGGGAAGGGAAUAGCAGCAAAAUCCUUUGCCAGUGUCAUGAUGAAAGUGUCUGCUACAUUAGGUGGCGGAGGAGUGGCUAGAGGAGGAAUGGUGGCAAUUCUUCAAAGCCUUGGAGCGACCGGCAGCACUUACGGAUGGCUGGGGACUGGAGCCCAAAGUGGAUACCAAAUCUUCCAGCGAUUCUUCUGUAGAGGAAAUGAAAAGUCAAAGAAACCAAGCUCUUCUUAUUCUAGUGAUUAAAAUGGCAAAAUCAAUAGUUUUAAGGAAGGUAAUCAAUAUAAUGAUUCAAUUACAAUCCUAUAUUGCACAUCCCUGUACAGUUAUCAUUUCUGUUUCUUAAUUUCUUACCGUCCGUCAAAUGUAGCCUCAGGUGAGGAGCGGUGGCUUUAAGCUGCUGUGAAACAACACAAAUCAAGUUGUGUUUAAAGUUAAAAUAAAAGUGCUUAUCUGACCCCGAAAAGCAGCAAACAGGUAAAGCCUCUAAUCUUUCUAUAACUCCUGUCUAAUAAACUCUCUCUUUGACGGUGCUCCCCUUCAUCCACAACAUUGGUCCGGCCAACUUUACUUGUGAAUUGUAUGAAAUAUACAUAGGUAUUACUUUUGAUUGAUUAACUGAUUGUAACUUGCAUAAUCUUACUAAUUUGUAUUAAUAAAUAUCAUUUGAUUGAUAA